AUGAGCAACGACACCAAUCUCCUCGAUGCUUCGAACUCCUGGACCUCGAUUUCGGCGCAUGGAAAUGGUUCUGGCUCCGCUGCUUCCACCGUUCGAUCACGUACCCGGCGAGUGAUACCUUCGUACGAUGGCACGGAUGAUGAUGGACAGAUAGCCGAUUUCCCGGGUAAUACACCACAACGCUCGACUCGUUCGCUGCACACGAAUGGCGGAACGUCCACAUCUUCCCCUUACUCUUCAAGAGGCGUGUCUCCAAUACCGAGUAAGCGACUUCCGCGGACGGGUGGCGGAGGAGCGAGCUUACAUGGUAGCCAGAGCCAAAGUACCCUGAGAGGUCGCGGGGUUGGCUUCGGUGGUAUGAUACGAGAAGACACAAGAGGCAGCGGUAAAUCGAAUGGGUUUGCCUCUGACUUCCUGGAGUCUCCUUGGUCGUCACUGCAGGGCCUUGCAUCGAAUAUCAUCGGGUCUGGAAGUGCUUUGAUUAACGGAGAGCCGGGAAAGCCGUUGGGACCAAGGUCGAGAUCCGUCGGAGGGAAUCUGGCGAGGAAUAGACAAACUGGACCUACCUCCUGGGGCCCGCCGCGUUCAAUUAUCGGGGAGGCUAAUCCAGAUGCCCAGAGGGAGAGACAGGAGCUCGUUCAAGCCAAAAGGCGGGAAGCUCUGUUGCAGACCAAUGGGGACAGUUUUCCUGAUAUCAUGGGCAAUUAUAAACGAAGAGACUCGGGAGAUGGGUUUGAAAGGUCGACUGGAACUUCAACGCCGGCGCAGGAAGAAGGGGAUGCAUUGGUGUAUAUCCAUCUCGUCCAGUCAAAUGAUACGCUUACCGGAGUGUCGAUUCGUUAUGGUUGCGCGCUGGCAGUGUUGAGAAAGUCGAAUGGCUUCUGGCCUAGCGAUAGCAUCCAGUCCAGGAAGACCAUUGUUCUGCCCGUUGAGUCGUGCACGCUCAAGGGGCUCCCAAUACCCGAAGAAGAAGUGCGGAAACAGGGUGAUGACCCAACAGAAGACGAUCCAGACCAUGAUACAAGCUCUCUUGUACCUGAUACACAUGCCUCUACGUCCUGUGAUUUUAGGUAUGGAGGCUCACAAUCAGAUCGUGACAAGGUAGAGAACGAAUCUACUAGCGACUCCCCAUGGACACACCACAGUUGGGUAAAGCUAGAUGGUUUCUCAUCGCCCGUCGAGAUUGGCCGACUUCCAAGGCGAUCUUUGGGAUUCUUCCCUCGAGCCCGCAGGAAAUCCCAACUGCGUUUAAGUCCCUAUAAGGAUAACCCCCGGCUAUCCUCUUCCGCUCACGAUCUAUCUGACUUGCAUUCCACUCCUUCUCGUAAACAAUGGGACUCCACCUCUUCCCCAAGGGUAUCGGAUGUAAGUCGUGAUAGUUCGAUAGCUGGCACCAGGCCUCCACGCUAUUCGACUUCUCUACAACACAAACGACAACGCAGCAUAACUCUAUCCGGCCCAGGAGGCGUCGGAACGCUAGAGAACGCCAGAUGUCCCGGUCCACCAAUCGACAAAUUUACCACUUUCGUCAACUCUCAUCUGCCAACACUAACGAUCAAACCUGCACCCAAUGAUACAGCGCCAACGUUUGCCUCGCUACAAAACCUGGAUCGUAUAUCUCUCGACUCUGCUGAUUCCGCUGUGUUUUCGUCUUCGUCUACCGGGGGCCUAGAGAAUGUCGGUGGAGCAAUUGAAGGCUGGUUUCGAAAGGUUGCUACUCGAGCAAAGGCAGGGAUAAAUGAGAUACAGCACCAGCAACAGCCUCUUAGCCAACGACUGGCCAAUCUAGGCCUUGCGGGGACAUCCGGUGAUUUAAUAGAGCUAAACGAUGCAUCCGAGCCUGCAAGGGCUUCUCCUUCCCCCUCCCCAGAUUUCAUGGGCGGAUCCAAUGGAACCAAAGCGACGUCUAACUCCCUUUCUGACACUCCUGCAGUGCGUAGAAAUGCAUUUAAUAAUGACGCAUCAUCCUAUGUUGAUCAUCGUCAGAAGAAGACAGAUUGA